UCUUUCCUUUUUCUCUCCUCUCUCUCAUUUUCUUUCUUUCUCUGUGUUUGAUGCUACCACAAAAAGGUUCUUUGUUUUUCUUCAAACAUUUUUGGGUCGUUGAUCUUCUUUGUUCCCUCUUCAACACAGAUUAAUUAGUUCCCUUUUGUUGUUGUUGUUCUUUCUCUCUACAAUCGAUUCCCGGUUUUAAAAUUGCAUCUAAUUCUCUUUGUUAUCUCAAGAAACCCUUUUAAUUGAAUUGUUAAAACAAAGUGAAAAGAUCGACCCAGUUCUGGUUUUUGAUCGUCGGUUUAGUUUAUUUGAGUUCAAUUUGCAGCUAUGGCGAAUCCUUGGUGGGUUAAUCAAGUGAGUCUACAAGGCAUGGACCCGGCAGGUAAUUCUCCAGGGUUAGACAAGCGAGACCUUGAGAUUUCAAUGAACGACAUGGGAAAAAGCAGAAACAACGUCGGAGGGGAUGAAGAAGACGAUGAUAGGGACACCGGCGAUGAGCCGAAAGAGGGUGCUGUUGAGAUCGGUAACCGAAGACCAAGAGGCCGACCUCCAGGCUCCAAAAACAGGCCUAAACCGCCCAUUUUCGUCACCAGGGACAGUCCAAACGCGCUCCGUAGUCACGUCAUGGAAGUUGCAAGCGGCUCUGAUGUCGCUGAAAGUAUAGCCCAAUUUGCUCGGAGACGACAACGUGGGGUUUGUGUGCUUAGCGGCAGUGGCUCCGUAGCAAACGUUACACUAAGACAACCGGCAGCACCUGGUGCUGUGGUUGCUCUUCAAGGAAGGUUCGAAAUCUUGUCUUUGACUGGAGCUUUCUUGCCUGGACCAGCACCACCUGGCUCAACAGGGCUCACCGUAUACCUAGCUGGCGGUCAAGGACAAGUCGUCGGCGGUAGCGUCGUCGGUUCACUAGUCGCAGCAGGGCCUGUUAUGGUCAUUGCAGCAACCUUUGCUAACGCAACUUACGAAAGACUGCCUGUAGUAGAAGAUGAAGAAGAAGCUGUCAGUGGUGGUGGUGGCGGCCAUGGGGAUCAGAUCCACGGUGGAGCAACCAAUUCUCCACCCACAAUCAGAAGCGGCGGCAGCGGCCCGCAGUCAGGUCUGCUUGAUCCAUCUUCACUUCCAAUGUACAAUUUGCCUCCUAAUUUAGUCUCCAAUGGAGGAACACAAUUAGGGCAUGAGACAUAUGGUUGGGUACAUGGUCGACAGCCUUACUAAUAAUAAAUCCAGACCAUAGCUUUUAUAUAUAAGAGAGUGAGACAUGAUUUUCAUAGAUUUUUCAAAUUGUGAAAAAAAAGAAAAAAAAAAUACCUAGGUGAUGAUCUCAUUGUAUAUUAAUUAAACUAUCUCUCUUUGCUUUGCUUACUUUUAUGUUUCCAAUAAUAAAAGAUGAUCCAAGUCUUUCUUCUAA